AUGCAUGAAAUUAUCACCCUCCAAUUUGGCCAGAAGAGCAAUUAUCUUGCAACCCAUUUUUGGAAUACUCAGGAAUCGUACUUCACAUACUCCGCAGAGGAAGAAUCUUUUGUCGAUCAUGAUGUACAUUUCAGACCAGGAAUAGGAGCUGAUGGCUCCGAGACGUUCACUCCGAGGACUUUGAUCUAUGAUUUAAAGGGAGGAUUUGGAACGCUGAGAAAGAUCAAUGCGCUAUAUGAAAUUGAGGAACCUACAGCCUCUGAAGGACUAUGGAACGGACCAGCGAUCAUCCAACGACAAGAUGUCAUUCAACAGCACGAGUACCAAAAGAGUCUCGAGGAGGGUUUACCCCCACCCAAGCUCACUUCACACUCUGUGAGAUACUGGUCUGACUUCAACCGUGUUUACUUCCACCCAAAAUCAAUCAUCCAACUGAAUGAAUAUGAGCUGAACUCAUCGUUGACGCCAUUCGAGAAUUGGAAUGCUGGCGAAGAACUCUUCAACUCCUUAGAUAAGGAGCAUGAUCUUUUGGAUCGCGAUUUGAGAUCAUUUGCCGAAGAAGCAGACCAGAUGCAAGGCAUCCAAUUAAUUUCAGGAACCGAUGACGCGUGGGGAGGAUUCUCUGCACGUUAUCUUGAUCGGAUACGUGAUGAAUACGGCAAGACGCCUGUGUUAUUCUGGGGACUUGAAGACAGUGUUAGAACUAUUCCACGAGAAAAACGUUUCAUCAAACUCUCCAACACAUCACGCUCCCUCUCAGAAAUCGCAACACAAGCUUCUAUCUUCAUUCCGCUGACACUUCCAUCCAAAACCAUACCAUCAUACUUAGAACUCAACCCCAACUCCGAAUGGAAUAUCUCCGCUCUCCUCGCCACAGCCAUGGAAAGUAUAUCCCUGCCCUCCCGCUUAAAACUCUCCCACGGAAGUCGCGAAAACUAUAGCGUGCUUUCAAAUUCCAUAAACAUCAACGGAAAUCAAACAAUCGCAAAUCUCCAGAUGAGCAUUGACCAGCACACAUCCGCCGACAACUCAAACAAGGAAUCAAACACCCAAGCCACAGACUCAAGAAUCGCCGCGUACAACCUUUUCGAAGAAGACUCCAACUCUGAGAUCCGCCCUCUCGAUAUGGAUUUCUCUCCCCCAGACGCGCCAGAUCAGUCUAAUCGCUUCAACCGAAACAGGAAAAGCCAUAUCUUCGGACAGACCGAGAUUGUACGAACAUCCACCAAGACAAACACAUCACAAGCUCCGACUCUCGAUCAAAGCUACGAACGCGCUCGUAAACGCGCCGCUGGUCUUACAAUAUCACAACGGAAAUCCAUCCCCCUCCCGUUCCCCCUCCUAUCCUCUUUCCCAGGGAUCUACCACCACAUCCAAGACGACUCAACCAUAAACCUGACCACCUCGCUCUCAACCACCACCGCCGUCGCCAGCCGCCUAAAAAGCCUCCAGCACAUCGUGAACCGCGCUGUUGGGGUCGAGGAACGAGAGGCGUUGAGCAAUAGUUUGGGCGAGAUGGCGGAGGCGUAUGAGGAGGGGUGGAGUAGUGGGAGUGAUGAGGGGGAUGAUUAG